AUGGCGAGAAUUAGAGAAAAAGAAGAGCUGGAGAGCUGGUCGAAUUCAUCAGUAACGAAGGAUUCUUCUAUCAGCCUGCUGAAGCUUAUCACAAUUUUGAUAAUUUUUGUGGUAGGGGUAGUUAUAGGACUAUCUUCCAGCUCACACAUUGAUCGGUAUUUCGCACUUCGAACCCAACAGUUUAGUUUAAAUAAUGGUGCUAUAGAUACCACACAACAAAUUGUGGUGAAUUGCGAAAAAGAGGAUUGUUUGAGCAUGAAGAGUUUCAUCAGGCCGCGGAAUUUGUGCCACAGUAUGACGGAUGACGAGUUGUUUUGGAGGGCUUCAUUGGUGCCCCAGAAGGAGGAGUUUCCAUUUAGCAGAGUACCACGGGUGGCAUUCAUGUUUUUGACCCGAGGGCCAUUGCCAAUGUUGCCACUGUGGGAGAGGUUCUUCAAGGGCCAGAAUAAUGCCAAAUUUUCAAUUUAUGUGCAUGCUCUUCCGGGAUUUGAGCUCAAUGUGACUAGUACUUCAGUCUUUUACAGACGCCAGAUCCCGAGUCAGCAUGUUAAAUGGGGAUCGGUGUCACUGGUUGAUGCCGAGAAACGGCUUUUAGCCAAUGCUCUUCUUGACUUCUCGAAUGAGCGAUUCAUUCUUCUGUCAGAGAGUUGUAUUCCAAUUUACAAUUUCCUCACGGUCUACAAGUAUCUCACCGGAUCCACCCAUAGUUUCGUCGAGGCUUACGAUGAUCCUUCUCGUUACGGGCGUGGUCGCUACAGCCGGCAUAUGCUACCCGAUAUUAAACUUGCUGAUUGGAGGAAAGGGUCUCAAUGGUUCGAGCUAAAUCGUGCUCUGGCUGUCAAAAUAGUAGCAGACACCAAAUACUAUACGCUAUUCAAGAAGUACUGCAGGCCGUCAUGCUAUCCUGAUGAGCAUUUUAUCCCGACCUAUCUGCAAUUGUUCUUUGGUUCACUUAAUGCUAAUCGUACAGUGACUUACGUUGAUUGGUCACUAGGAGGUCCACACCCGGCUACCUUCAUGGCUGGUAAUAUAACAGAAAGUUUCAUGCAGUCAAUUAGGAAAAAUGGCACAUUGUGCUCUUACAACUCUGGAAACACACCUAUCUGUCACCUCUUUGCUAGAAAGUUUGACCCCAGUGCUUUGCAGCCUUUACUGAAUCUCACCUCAAAAGUAAUGGGAUAUUGA